CAUGUUUGAAGCCAGAGUUGCGCGAGUUUUGCAUUUGUUUCUAUUGUCCGGUUGCUUCACUCUCGUUCCAAGUGGACUUUGCUUCAAUGGCGUUUCGACUGCGUUGCUCUGUGCAAUUCGCGCGGAAUUGAAUAUAGUAGAUUUUGGUUAUGGUCGGAUUAUGCCCAUACUUUCAAAUUCACAUGCAGCUGAACCAAAUCAACGAAAUUACUAUGAAGAUCAACGAUUUUGGAAAAGUAUUAAACAACAAAUUCGAGUCAUUGCUAAUCAACACAACGAAGUGCUCAUCGUCUAUUAUAAAGUGAAACAUCUUGUUGAGAUAUCAUUUUUUAUCACUUAUCUGUAUUCACUCGUAGUAUGGGGUCUCUUGACGUUCGCAAUUUGUAGAAUCGGGUUCUCUAUGCUUUCUGUCAUCAGUUUUGUGGCUAUGCUAGCAUUCAUUUUCACAAACUAUAGCUGUUGCUGGAUGGUCGAGUCUUUGAAUGAAAUGUACGAAAAACUGUCUUUGACCAUACUGGAAUUGAUGACACAAAUCCCGUUUUCACGGAAACAUCAUCGCGAGUACAAAGACGUGCGAUCGACCCUGAUGCUGAUACACCAAAAUGCUAGCUAUGGAACGGUUCUGAGUUGUGGAGGAUUUUUGAACAUAGAAACUACAGUCAUCGCCCGAUUGGUUCAGACCACUUAUACACUGGUGGCAUUUCUUUUCGAUGUGAAUUAAAUUUAAAUUAACAAUACGAAUUGAAGCUCAAGUUACAAAAACUUUAAUAGAACAGGCUUUCCAAAUCUUGGAAGAUAAUAUGGAACUGAAAAGUUAAUUCACGUUGAUACAAACGUUACAGAGGCACAUAAAAUGCACGUAGGUACAUAAGGGUGACCCUUAGCUAUGUAGGGCAUUUGAAAAUUCAAAAUUUUGCAGCACCCAACUGGAUCAACUGAACUAGAUCCAUCAAUCAAAAUUCGAAACUUUAAAAAAUAUCACUCGAACUGGAUAACUCUAGCGAUCCUCAACAGCCUUGCAGUUGAUAAAUUUAAGUAAAAAGGCAAUAUUUUUUUCAAGUCACAAUUAGUUCUGGCAACACUGUGAAAAAUACCAUGUUGAUUUACAAAAAAGGUUUUUAAUUAGAAAAUGUUACCCUAGAAGAUAACGAGUAGUGUUAAAAU